UAAUUUUGAGGCACCGACCUAUAAGAUGUGAUGGUCUAACAUUUGAGAAAGAGCGUGCGGGAUUGGAAAUGAACCAUCAAUUUUUAGAGUUCGUUUCGUUGUCUAAAUCCUUUUCACAGAUAUUUCAGGUUAUCUAAAAUGGAGAAUAAUGGAAACACAAACAAAAGACUUGGUCUUCUCCAUACCACCUGAAAUGCAAUGUUGACAACAGCCUCCAAGGCCUAUAAGAAAGCAGAACUACUGCCUAACCCAGUUGGCACAAUAGCACAAAAACUAGGUAGAGUUGUGAGGCCAAUUGUUCACACAAUCAAGAAUCACUCCCUAGCAAUCCUCUCUUACACAGAUGAUCGAAUCUUAUACGCCGAAAACGUCGUUGAGAAUGUCUUCCCGCCAUCCAGCUACAUCUUCAACAAGAUCGGCAUCCUCGUACAAGUCGUCGAGACCCUGCCGGUCAAAUUUGACAAUGCAGCUGACAAAUUACCAGCGGUAAUACAACGAGUGCCGCAUUUGGAAUGGGCAUUAGCCAGUUGUUAUUGAUAUUGAGUUUCUUGAUUAAUACAUUAACUGAUUGGGGUGUUGAAGGAGCUAUUGAGAAAGAGAUUAGAAUCGACACCAAUUCUCAUGAUGAAAUUGCUACAAAUGAUAAUGGGCUCACUGAAAACAAAGAGAUGUGCAUCCAAAGCAGUACUGGUAAUGAAGUCGGUAGUAGCGACAUUAUGGAAUGUACUGAAGAAGAAAAUGAGAAAGACAUCAAGGAGAUAAACAAAGAUGUCGACAUAGUGUUUGAAAAAAGAGAUGUUAAUGAAGAAGAGAUGAACGAAAAGAAAGAUGCAACAACUCUACCUAGUUUUUUUAGUGAAGUAUUAGAGACAGGUAAGAAGAAAAACGAAGACGAAAUAAGCCAACAACAGCGACAAGAAGAAGAAGGAGAAGAAGCCGACAACAAAGAAAUUGCUAGUGUGACUGAAAAAGAUGAAGUAAAAGAGACUAAAGUGAUCAAGAAAGAAGAAGAAAAUCCAAUUCAAAAGUUUUUUUCUGCCACAGGGUGGUUUAAAAAGAAAGAAGAGUAAGAAAAUGUUGAUGAUAACGAGGAACACAAAAAGAUGGUAAGGCUAAGACGAUUUUAUAUAUUUGAAGCAUAUAGAUAUUCGAACAUGUGAAAUGCAGUAUUUUUCUUUUCAAAUGUAUGCAAUGCAUUUUGUCUCGGUUAAAUCUCCUCUUGUAUGCAUAUUGCUAGUGUGUUUACUCGGAAAUUUGGU